AUGGGCGGCAGAGGCAAAGGAUGUAAAUCGCGGGCUAUAGCGAAGACGAGGUCGGCCGCGUGGGUGGGUGCUGGAGCACCGGUCUACUUGGCUGCUGUGCUCGAGUACCUGGCUGCCGAGGUGCUGGAGUUGGCGAGUAACGCGGCACGCUACAACAAGAAGACGCGUAUCAUUCCUCAGCUGGACAAGCUGUUGGGCGGUGUGACCAUUGCGCAGGGUGGUGUGCUGCCCAGCAUCCAGGCAGUGCUGCUGCUGAAGAAGACGGAGAAGCUGGUGGUGAGCAAAGAUGCUAAGUUAAUCUGUGAGGAGGCUGUGCAGGUGCUGCAUGGCGGCGGCCACACUGACGAAGUGCUCUGCCCUCAAGCCGCCAAUAUCCGUGCCUAUGCGGCCCCAGGAACGCAAAACUCGGCGUUGACACGGCUUCUUGUGAGUGCACCACCUGCAAUCUAA